UCAAGUUAGAAUUUUGUUACUUAUUCCUCGUAAUAUGCGGUCGGUGACAAACGGUAUGAACACUAAAACCAGCAUUCGGCUAUAGCGUCCAUAACUAGUAACCGUCGAUUAAGCUUAAAUCGUAAUCACUUAUUGUGAUGUAACCACGUUUGGCCGUGUCAAGAAGUUGAAACAGUGGUAAAGCCUCCAUAACAGCAGCACACCGACGAGGUGUGGUAUGUAACUGCCGCUUUACUGUGCUAACGGAGCCCCACAAUGGCCAGCGUCCUGUCGUUGUCGACAGUAACUUCUCGAUCAGGAUCGUUGACAAGCCCUAUUCAGUUGGCGCUAAUUCUGUUGCUGGUUUUGCCCACUGGAGAUGCCGGCACUGAAACCCGUUUCGCUGCGAGCUUUAAGCGACGCAAUCGUACGCUGCAAGGUUGCGUUCCUCUGUGGAGCGCUGAGUUGCCAUCCGUGUCACAGUGCCUUAGCGCUUGUAUCCGGUUGGGAUGCCAGUCUCUAGUAUAUGGCCAUGGACGGUGCGAGCUUUUCCCGACGUUCUUGUGUCACCCCAAAGACCGUUUCCAUCUUUCGUUGGUGCCCGCGGCCGGCAUGACCUACUUCGAUCUCGGAUCAGAGAUAACUCAUGUCAAAACCCUCUGGAGUGAUAACGGCUGUCUCCUCUAUGACCGCUGUUUAAAGGGGUGCAAUGAAGAUUCAUGGACGACCUUAACGUCUGCAACUACAACGACGGUCGGGCUAGCGACUAUCGGCGAAAACUCAGCGAUUUCUGCCGUUGUCGGUACCGCAUUGAUCAGUGCUGGCAACUCCAAAUCCAAAGCCACAUCUGUCCAAUCAACCGACCCAAUUUCUUUAGCUUCACUACCAUCAGAGCCUACAACAAAAGCGAAAAAAAUUGGCGCACGUUUCUUUCUCACCACUGAACCGAUGACGUUCAGAGAUUCCUCGGAAUAUUGCCGCCGACGAAAUAUGUCCCUGGGGAUGCCAAAAACACGUGAGGAGCACAAUAUUCUGGUGGAAGCGAUGAAAAUACGCCAAAUCGGCCGUAUGUGGAUUGGCGUCAAGAAGAUCACCGAAGGAGGCACAGACGCCACUUACAUAGACGGGCGUUCGGUUCCCACAAGUAUGCAGCUCUGGGGCGACGGUCAACCUAAUAACUCACGAGGAAAACAGAUUUGCAUCGAGAUGAUGGCUUCCUUAAAGUAUCUUUGGAAUGACUUUGACUGUCUCUACAAGAGCGCAUUCGUCUGUCGGUGAUUCGUCGGAAAUACCGGCGCAAUUUUAUGUACUUUUAAAAAACUACUUUAAAUUCUUAUUUUGUCAUUGGUUGCCUCGUGUGGCUUUACGCAAAAGUGACGGCAGGUUGCUAUCUCUAAAUAUAUAUUCGUGAGUUUCUAAUCGAUAACCGAUAUGAUAGUUACCACGUCUCUCGCAAAAUAUCAUUACUUUAUUACGAACCCUAGUAUAGCCCGCAGACUAGCGUAUUAGCUGGUAGUUACAGAACACCACCCUUCCGAUCAUUUCAAUGUAAGCAUUCACUCAACCAAGCACGAGUCAAAUAAAAGCUAUGUUAAACUGUCGUAAGGAUGAUAAAACGAACAAAAAAUGUUAUUAAGCUGUUAUGUGAUAGUUAUAACGGUUAUUAAGAACUUGAA